AUGAAAGAAGAAGGAAAGAAGAACAGUGAUGAAAGGGGAAAGAGUGAAGAAGGAAAGAAGAACAGUGAUGAAAGGAGGAAGAGUGAUGAAAGAAGAAGAAAGAGUGAGGAAAGGAUGAAGAGUGAGGAAAGAAGAAGAGUGAUGAAAGAAGAAAAGCGAUGAAAGAGGAAGAAAAGAAAAAGAAACAGUGAUGAAAGGAAGAAGAGUGAUGAAAGAAGAAAAGUGAUGAAAGAAGAAGGAAAGAAGAGCAGUGAUGAAAGGAGAAAGAGUGAAGAAGGAAAGAAGAACAGUGAUGAAAGGAGGAAGAGUGAUGAAAGAAGAAGAGUGAGGAAAGAAGAAGAGUGAUGAAAGAAGAAGAGUGAUGAAAGGAGGAAGAAAGAGUGAAGAAGGAAAGAAGAAAAAUAAUGAAAGAAGAAGAGUGAGGAAAGGAGAAGAGAGGAAAGAAAAAGAGACGAAAGAAAGAAGGAAAAAGAAAGAAGAAGAAGUGAGGAAAGAAGAAGAGACAAAAGAAAAAGAAGUGAGGAAAGAAGAAAACGGAAGGAAGAAAGAAGAAGAACUGAGGAAAGGAGGAACGACAAGGAAAGAAGAAGAAGGGAUGAAAGGAGGAAGAGUGGGGAAAGAAGAAGAGAGGAAAGAAGAAGAAAAAGUGAGGAAAUGAGGAAGUUUGAGAAAAGAAGAGUGAUGAAAGAGGAAGAGUGAGUAAAGAAGAAGAGAAAUUAAGAAAAGAAAAAGAGCAAGGAAAGAAGAAGAGAAGAAAGAAGAAGAGUGAUGAAGAAGAAAACGCUCUUAUUUUGGUUUUCAUUUCCUGCCACUGCACCCUCUGUCCCUCACCUGUCUCUGAUUGGCACUCUGAGCACACCUGUUCCAGGCUGCCAAUCAGACUUCUUCCUGCGGCGCUGGGUCCUGAAGAGAUGGAUUGUGGGUAAAGGCGAAGAGAUGCGGGAUGAAAAGGAUCCAAACAAAGCAAGUCUUACUCCCUCCAUCAAGUCUGCUGCCAUGAAGAUAGCAGCCUCUAAGCGGGCUGCAGAAGACUUUCCAACCCCCGCUGAUACGCGGCCGUGUUUAUCUCCGCUGGUGAACAUAAUGAGCUCAAAGAGUGAAGAUGCUCCCCAGAGUGAGGCUUUAUCCUCGCUGCUGCGCUCCGGCGCUAUUUGGUCUAUCAGCCUCCCGUGUGCCACUUCUUUAUUUAUUCGCCACACGCACCGCAGGUCUGAGUGUGGAUGUGCACACUUCAACAACAACAACAACAACAACAACAACGCGCCGCGCACAAAUAUUUAA